CCAUCGAGUGCAGUGAUUGGCUGGUUCCUGAACGAGCUGAACAUCUCUGCAAAGCACUUCAACUUGUACAUCAGUCUAUCGAAUUCCUGCAGUCAUGUCAGAUCCACGCUUUGCCAGACUCAAGACAGAUCCCCGCUUCAGGCGCAUUCGUAAAAAGGAUUCCAAAGUCGUCGUCGACGAACGUUUCAAAGGCAUCUUUGACGGUGGCAAGAAAAAGAAGGGUAACAAGGGGCGUGUGGACAAAUAUGGUCGUCAGUUAACGGAUACCCACGAACAGGAUAAUCUCCGCCGUUUCUACCGCUUGGAGGGCGAGGAUGAGCAAGAACCCGAAGUCAAGAUACCCGACUAUGCUCGAGGCGCGGUUUUGCUUGAAUCAUCAGACUCGGAGGACGAGGAGGAUGUCGCAAAGGAUGAUGAUAGCGACAAUGGAGGUAUCAUCUCUCUGGGCCGAGAUAUUUCCAAGCCCAUUCCCAUCCCGGAAGAUGAAGUGGAAAUUGACCUGGACGAAGACAACUUUGCCGACCUUGAUGCUCAGGCUGCUGCACUCGCCGAGUCUCAAGCUGAAGAGGAGGCUCUCGAGAUUGAGCCUACCCGUCGCUUAGCAGUCGUGAACUUGGACUGGGAUCAUGUCCGUGCUAUCCAUCUUCACAAAAUUUUCUCCUCUAUGGUGUCUCCUACUGCUCCUGUCUUGCCUUCCUCCUCAAAGGCUUCGAACUUCAAAGAUAGGGCUGGUACUAUUUCUGUCAUAGCUCGCGGAAGGGUUCUUAGUGUGCGAGUUUACGCAAGUCAGUUUGGCAAAGAACGUAUGGCUCGAGAGGAGACGGAGGGUCCACCACCUGAGGUCUUCAAGAAGAAAGUAGACGAGGACGAGGAGGUCAAUGAACGGAACAUUUACGAGACUGGGGAGGGUGAAGAUUACGACGAAGAUGCUCUUAGGCAAUAUCAACUGGAACGCCUAAGAUAUUAUUAUGCUGUUGUGGAAUGUGACACAGUUGAGGCCGCAUCGCAUUUAUUCUCAGAACUCGAGGGUACGGAACUCGAACGCUCUGCCAAUGUCUUUGACUUGAGCUUCGUUCCUGACGAUAUGACAUUUGAUGACGACCCUCGUGACGAAGCAACGGACGAUCUGAACGUCCCUUACAGAGGACUUGAAUUUGUCACGGAUGCUUUGCGACACUCGAAAGUAAAACUAACAUGGGACGAAGACGACCCAGAACGUAUCCAAAUCACUCGUCGUGUGCUAUCCCGCAAGGAGCUCGAAGAGAAUGACUUUAAAGCAUACAUCGCUUCGUCAGAAUCGGAAUCAGAAGAUGAAGGUCGCAAGAAAGACAGGGCUGACCGCGAAAAGCUACGUGCCUUGCUCCUCAGCGGCGGUGAUGACACUCUUCCCGAGGGUUGGGGUGAUAGUAAAGGUGACAAGGGGGACGUCGACAUGGAAAUCACAUUUAACCCUGGUUUAAGUGGUGCCAUAGACGACAAGGACGAGACGACGCUGGAAAAGUACCAGAGGAAGAUGAGGGAGAAGAAGAAGAAACGGAAGGAGGAGAGGAAGGGAAAAGUGGAUGAGGAUGAGAAACCAAAGAAAUCCGAUGGACUGGACGAUGACUUCUUUGGUGGCAGUAGCGAUGAUGAAGCAGAGGACGAAGACAAGGAAGAAUCUGCUCCUGGCCCAAGUGCAAAACGGGGGAAGGACGCGAAGUCUAAAGGGAAGAAGAAACAGCCAUCUGCAGAACCUGAGGCUCGCACCAUUUCUACUGCGGAAGAACUUGCCCUCAUUGCUGCUUCUGACAAUCCUGCGGGUGAGGUCGAGCAUUUCGACAUGAAAGCUGUCAUCAAAUCGGAGAAGCUGAAGGGCAGGAAGAUGAAGGGCAAGAAGAAGAAGAGGCUUGAACAGGAGAAUGAGCUUCAAGAAGACUUCUCUGUCGAUGUCCAAGAUGAUCGGUUCAAGGCACUUCACGAGGAUCAUGCGUUCGCCAUUGAUCCCAGUAAUCCUCAUUUCAAGAAGACAAAGGGUAUGGCAGCUCUUCUGGGCGAACGUUCGAAACGGCAGAAGCAACAGACAUCCGAAGGGGUCGAACGCACCGCGUCGAAACGAAGUGCGGAAGAUGAACCUAAAAAUAGUCUUAAGAGUCUUGUCGAGAGUGUCAAGCGGAAAAGUGCUGCUGCUGAUCAGCCAGGAAUGGGCAAACGGAGAAAACUAUGAUCAUGAUGUCAUUCUCGAAUUGUUAAAAGGAUCCGAUACCGUGUGCUACAUCAGCGAACUAUGAGUACAUUAUCGAUACAGUAUUUCAGAACUUCUUCAUAACGGCUUGGUUCGGUUUAUGAGAUUUUGGCUUGAGAGAAGUCAAGUUCGGGGUGUGCAGCUUGGAAUUUCUUUAUAGCCUGUGCAGAUGGGCAUUGAAUAU